CCAGACCACGAGAAGCAUUGACACAGUUAUUCUCGUACAGCAGUCCAGUGUACACAGUCCACGCUCAACUCCUUUUUGUGUUUUUUCCCUGUAUACCAGUAACUUAUCAACAUGUGUGACGACGAUGUUGCCGCUUUGGUUGUGGACAACGGGUCCGGUAUGUGCAAGGCUGGGUUCGCCGGUGACGACGCACCAAGAGCCGUCUUCCCAUCCAUCGUAGGACGCCCCAGACAUCAGGGUGUCAUGGUGGGUAUGGGUCAGAAAGACAGCUACGUCGGUGAUGAGGCCCAGAGCAAGAGAGGUAUCCUCACCCUGAAGUACCCCAUUGAACACGGUAUCGUCACCAACUGGGACGAUAUGGAAAAGAUCUGGCAUCACACCUUCUACAACGAGCUGCGUGUGGCCCCAGAGGAGCACCCAGUCCUGUUGACAGAGGCUCCCCUGAACCCCAAAGCCAACAGAGAAAAGAUGACCCAGAUCAUGUUUGAGACCUUCAAUGCUCCAGCUAUGUACGUCGCCAUCCAGGCCGUGCUGUCUCUGUAUGCCUCUGGUCGUACCACCGGUAUUGUGCUCGACUCCGGCGAUGGUGUCACCCACACAGUACCCAUCUACGAGGGUUACGCCCUCCCCCACGCCAUUCUCCGUUUGGACUUGGCUGGUCGUGAUCUCACAGAUUACCUCAUGAAGAUCCUCACCGAGCGUGGCUACUCCUUCACCACCACAGCCGAGAGAGAAAUCGUCCGUGAUAUCAAAGAAAAGCUGUGCUACCUUUCUGCAGCAUUUCUUUGA